AUGUCAGCCGGGGGCCACCAUCUCAAAGAUGAGGGGACCAAGCGACAAGUGGUCCUGGCAGGCGGAGCCGCAGGGCUGAUCUCACGCUUUUGCAUUGCGCCGCUCGAUGUCGUCAAGAUCCGCCUGCAGCUGCAGAUUCACUCCCUGUCGGACCCGAUCUCGCAUCGCACGGUCGUCGGGCCCGUGUACAAGGGGACUCUGUCAACCAUGCGGGAUAUUGUGGUGCAAGAGGGGAUAACGGGUCUAUGGAAAGGCAACAUACCCGCAGAAAUGAUGUAUGUCUGCUACGGAGCCCUUCAGUUCACCGCAUACCGAGCCACGACCCAAGCGCUGGAGCAAUUGGGUCCGUACCGACUCCCGCAAUCCGCCGAAUCCUUCGUCUCCGGUGCCUUGGCUGGAGGAAUCGCAACAGCGACGACAUACCCGCUUGACCUGCUUCGCACACGGUUCGCUGCCCAGGGCCCAGAACGCAUUUAUAAAUCUCUGGGAUCGUCGGUGCUAGAAAUCGCACGGCAAGAGGGUGCCGCCGGGUUCUUCCGAGGAUGCUCAGCGGCCGUCGCGCAAAUUGUACCAUACAUGGGAUUGUUUUUCACCGCAUACGAGGGGUUCAGACCAGCGAUGGCCAAGUGGGAUUCCUUGCCGUUCGGUACUGGUGAUGCUGCGGCUGGUGUUCUGGCUAGCGUUAUCGCGAAGACCGGCGUGUUCCCCUUGGACUUAGUACGGAAGCGUUUGCAGGUACAAGGCCCGACGCGGACUCGAUAUGUGCACCGCAAUAUCCCCGAAUACACCGGGGUCAUACAGUCCAUUAAUCUGAUUUUGCGCACGCAGGGCGUGCGAGGAUUGUAUCGUGGGUUGACUGUUAGCUUGCUCAAGGCAGCCCCAGCCAGUGCUGUGACAAUGUGGACAUACGAGCGGGUUCUGAGAUUGCUUCAGGAGACACAACUGGCAGCAUUGGAUUGA